GUUGCAUUCAAAGAGUUAUAUCAUUAGCUGGUCAUAAUCCCAUUAUAUAGUCUAGUUAUACAUCUUGCACAAGGCAACAACCAUGGCUGAGAGGGUGCUGCCUUGCUGUAUUACAAUUACUACCUUCCUUAUAAUCAUACUAUUUGCUUGCUGUCCAGUAGUGAGGGGAUACUAUUGCUUUGGAAGAGAAGGAAAAGUUAGGUUAGCAGAUGGACCCAGCUCCAGAGAGGGGAGAGUGGAUAUUUGUGUGAAUAGACGCUGGUACACUCCAUAUCAAGACAUCUGGGAGAUUGAAGAGACACGAGUGGUGUGUCGAGAGCUGGGGUUUUGUCAGCAAGGAGGAAGCUUAGUAACAGGUCAGAGCUAUCAGCGCUAUAUUCCAUACGAUAUCAGUGAAGUCAACUGCACUGGAGAUGAAGCCACACUGAGCAACUGUUCUGUGAUCUACCCGUCAAGUAACUGUGAUACUUUCGUGGGGGCCGGAGUGUCUUGUUAUUCAAUUCCAAACAUCCCAACAAAUGUGGAGAUCACUGGCGUUAAUCUUAAUCCGUACUCCAUUCAAGUGACCUGGUCACCUCCAGACAUGAGCAACUGCACUGAUGUGGAUGAGUACAGAAUAUUCUGUUACGAUCAUUGCUAUUUCUACUUCACGGAAAUAACAGUUCACUCUUUAAAUGCAACAAUACAAUACACUUCUAGGUAUAGUAUUUUCGAUUCGUGCACCUUUUCUUGCUGUGUUUCGGGCAACAACAAUGCUGGACAAGGUCCUCAAAACUGUGUGGAGGGACCUAUCCCCACCCCUCCACGAAAUUUGACAGUCCAGCCGUCACAAACGUCACUGCUGAUUGAGUGGCUAGAGCCAGAGCAAGUCUAUGGGCUUUUCGAUGCUUAUUAUGUGGUGUGUGGGACACAGACUAGACCUAGAGUCAGCUCUAGACAUAUAUACAGCAUCACCCAAACUGCUGUUAACAUUACUGGACUGAGUGUGUUCACGAAUAAUGGGAUUUUGUCAGCAAGGAAGUAGACAUGACAAUCAUAA